AUCAAUUUGAACAUCAAAGAAGCGAUGGAGAACACCCAGAAGGCCGAGAAUUAGACACCUGCUUAGACAAUGGUGGCAUUCUAUCCAGCAAGCAACGGCGAUUGUUGAUUACAAUAUGUGUGUCAGCUUUGGUGGAAAAAUGUUGCCUGUAAGUAUACUGGUUUUAGAGUAGUCUUAUAAUACACAACUGUUACUAAAUCUUACUGUAAUGUGCCAUCUUUUCUCUGUUAAAACAAGGUUUGUUUCACCACAAUUCCUGUAUUCAAAAUCAAAUCCUUCAUUAAGUCUUUCCUUUACAGGUAUCCUACUUCAGAGCAGAAAACUAUGCUUGCAGUGGAAAUUAUUAGAAUUUACCCAGCAGUUAUAGACAGUACUCCUGGAAUGAAAGGAUAUGUAUGUUGAGUCAAAAAAUAAUAAAAGUUGAUGUUAAACGUGGUGCUAUAUAACAGUUCAAUUGUAUUAACUUUUGACAUUUGACAUUAAUUGUAGGAACAUCUUUAUGACAAUGGACAUGGAUUCAUUGAGUAUCGCUUGAAAAAUAUGAGGACAGCCAGACCAGACGAGAGACGUGGACAAAAAAGGAAGAUGGGAGUAAAGACCAGUGCGGCAAGACCCAUUGAAAAAGGAAUUGAAGAUGAACAAUUAGAGAAUGUCGAAUUAACUCAAGACAUAAACGAAAAG